AUGAACCUCUUGAAGACAUCUUCUACUCGCCAGCUCAAGGCUACCAACUCGAUGUCAUCCGACCCCAGCUCCCCCACCAGCCCCGAAAACGAGGAACGGCCUCAUGAACCCCGAUCGUACCUCGACGCAUGGGAACAAAUCCUCUCAUACGUCGACGUACCCGAGCUACUUGCUGUUCGCGGGGUAUGUCGUACCCUUCGUGAAGCAGCCGAUAUGCGUCUAAGCUCGCAUGUUGUGUUCCACGGUGACAAGAUCAAGAACGGUACAAACCUCGUUUGGACGGCCCACUGCAAUAUCAGCCUUGCCAAGAAUCCUGACCUGUGGGACAAUGUGCAGGUCCUCGACAUUGUCGGCGAAUGUGACUGUGACGCAGAAUGGACCCUCGACACACCCUGCACUUGCCUCGAGUCUCUAGGCUUAAUCCUAGACCACACCGUCCCCUUCAAGCUCAAUCUCGAGUGCAUCCGGGUCAACAUGCGGAAUUUCCGCCUCGGCUUCCCACUCUUGACAUCCAAGGUCCACGCCCAGCAGGUCAUCUACGACCUCGACCUCUAUCCCACCAAGCCGUCAUUGUGUUGCCUUCCCCUCGCCCCGAUCUGUGGAUCCCGAAACGUGGCGGUCAACAUCCGGUACGAUCCCGAAUGUCACCAUGUCCCACACACCGACUUUGCCGCCCAGUACUACGAUCCCCAUGUGUCCUACUCGCUCCAGUUUCUGCCUGCGACCCGUCCCCGUCUGCCCGAAUGGUACGGCGUCCAAUCCUGCGGUUCGAGGGUAUACGGGUAUCCAGAAGGACAUCGAGCUGGACGGCUUGCCGAGAACCUCCUGGGAAUCCUUGCCGAGUUGGCAACCCACAAACCGGGACAGGCGCACUUCAUCUUCGGGCGCCUCCAACACUGGCCGGGAUGUUGGUUCUCUCGCGACCACCGCAUGGUCACUGACCUGGUAGCCUACGAGGGUCUUCCGUGGAACAAGUUCGCUCCCAGCGUCGCCGCUGAAAUUUUCAAACUCAAGUUUGACGAGGCCCACAAUGAUUGCCUCGAAUCCCUCAGCGAAAGAGCGCAAGAAUGGCGACGAGCGGAGCAGCUCAUCUUCGCGAUACCACAGCUCGCACUCGAGGGGCCUUGUGUGUGUGGUUGUUUCUUUGUAGAGUAG